UAGCUCGACACAAACAAUUAUUCACAGACAGCUGCAGACUCUCUAAAAUGAAGCUUGUCUGUGUUGCUUCUGGCUUAAUAGGUUUAUUUUUAAUAACUUUUACAUCCACAAUCCCAUCAGGUGUGGCAGUCGAAGAUGACUCAGCAGCAUGCAAUUCAUCGGUGGCCGACAUCCUCUUCAUUCUGGACUCGUCCGGAAGCGUGUCAAAUGUUGACUUUACUAAAAUGAUAACUUUCGUCAAAGAAAUGGUAAAAGGUUUUGAUGUCGGCAAAGAUAAAAUCCGUGUUGCAGUUAGUUUAUUUGCUGGAACCAGCGUUGAAAAAUUCCAUCUCAACAAAUAUUCCGACAAAAAUGCUUUACUCUCAGCCAUAGGAGCCAUUAAAAGAAUUUCGGGCAACACCAAUACAGCCGAUGCUCUCACAAAAGCGCGCACUGUCAUUUUCACGGCUGGUAACGGGGAUAGACCAAAAGUUCCCAAUAUUGCAAUUGUCAUCACUGAUGGCAACUCUAACAAUGCCCAAUUGACAGUGUCGGCAGCCAAUAACCUGAAGGCAACUCAAGCUGUUGUAUUCUCCAUCGGUGUUGGUACUAACAUACGGCAAAGUGAAUUACAGGCGAUUGCUACAGGACCAGGUACAAGUCAUGUGUUUACGGUUACGAACUUUGCGGCCCUCAAUACCAUCAAAAAGGAACUCGCUACCAAGACAUGUGAAGCUCAGAAAUUUAUUCCAACCAUUAUGCCAACAGAUGCACCAGAUUGUAACGUAUCAAUGGCUGACAUCCUCUUCGUUCUGGAUUCAUCCGGAAGUGUAUCAAAUCCUGACUUUGUUAGAAUGAUUACUUUUGUUAAAGAGAUGGUAAAAGGUUUUGAUAUUAGCAAUAGUACCGUACGAGUUGCAGUUAGCAUAUUUUCUGGAGGUACCGUUGAAAAAUUUCAUCUCGACAAAUAUUUCGACAAGGCCGCCUUACUGAAAGCUAUAGGACAAAUCUCGAGAGUUACUGGCUCCACAAACACAGCAAAUGCUCUAACUCGUGCAAGAACAGUCAGCUUUCAACCCCCUCAUGGUGAUCGAAGUGGGGCUCCUAACAUUGCCAUUGUUAUUACAGACGGAAAUUCUGACAAUCCGAUUCAAACCACCGAUGCUGCGUUACAGUUGAAGAAUACAGGCACUGCAGUGUUCUCAAUUGGUGUUGGAUCAAAUGUACGCCAAUCAGAACUUGAAUCUAUAGCCUCAGAUAAAUCUCAUAUCUUCACAGUGACUAACUUCAAGGCUCUAGAAAACAUCAAGAAAAACCUGGCCAUAAAAACUUGUGAAGCCCAGGUUAUUCCAACGCAACCAGCAAUAACAUGCAACCAAUCCAUGGCAGAUAUUGUAUUCCUCAUUGAUUCAUCAGGAAGUGUUGGAUCUUCCAAUUUCCAGAAGAUGCUUCAGUUUGUAAAGAAUAUGGUAAACGGUUUUGAUGUCGGUAAAGACACUGUAAGAAUUGGUGUAGCAUCUUUUUCAAACAAACCAGUCCAGCAUUUUGCCUUGAAUACCUAUUUCAACCGAAGUCAAAUUAUAGAUGCUAUCAGCAAACUUCCUUAUUACCAAGGUAGUACAAAUACAGCAUCCGCCCUCGGCUUGCUCCGGAGUAGUGUUUUUACGGCUGCCUCAGGAGACCGUCCUACUGCACCAAAUAUAGCUAUCGUUAUUACUGACGGUCAGUCUAACGAUCCAUCGUCAACUGCUGCUCAAGCAAAAGCUUUAAGACAGACUGGAACGAUAUUAUUUUCUAUUGGUGUUGGAUCUGGAGUCAACGCAAGGGAACUAAACAACAUGGCUAGUGACCCUGACAAGGAUCAUGUCUUUACUGUCUCAGACUUUUCGGCCUUUGGUAGCAUCCAAAAAGAACUGGCGAUAAAAGCAUGUGAAGCGCAAAAAUAUACUCCAUUGCCACCAACUAAAUCACCCGUUGUCUGCAAUCGCACGAUGGCUGAUAUAAUAUUUGCACUGGACACUUCGGCAAGUGUGGAUGAACAUAGCUACAAGUUAAUGCUAACUUUUGUUCAUCGUAUGGUACAAUCCUUCGACAUAGGUAAAGAUGAUGUCAGAGUAGGACUGGUCACUUUUUCUGAUAACUCUGUACUUGAAUUCCAUUUGAACAAAUAUUUCAACGCAUCAGAGUUGGACAAAGCUAUAUCGAACGUCAAGUACAAAGCUGGCUCUACGAAUACUGCAGACGCUCUCAGAUACAUUAGAACAAUUAGUCUUUUACCGCAAAACGGUAAUCGACCAAAUAUUCCCAACAUCGUUAUCGUCCUCACGGAUGGCAAGUCAAACGUUCCGGCAUCAACAACUGCUGAAGCUAUGAAGCUGAAGAAGUUGGCCACUGUUUUCUCUAUUGGUAUUGGUUCCCAAGCAUUCUAUCGAGAACUGAAAGAUAUUUCAACAGAUCCAGACGCCGAUCAUGUUUUCACAGUUAGCAACUUCAAAGCUUUGGAGAAAAUCAGGGCCACGCUUGCUGUAAGAACUUGUGAAGUUGGUAAAAAUAAAACCGAACCAGAAAUCCGAAAAUGUCCUGCACAGGCUGAUAUCGUCUUCAUUUUGGAUAGUUCCGGGAGUGUGGGUAGCGCUAACUUCCAAAAAAUGCUCCGCUUUGUAGAGACUGUAUCGAAAAGCUUUAAUAUCGGCCCCGAUGAAGUACAGAUUGGUGUCGACACAUUUGACAGCGGAAGUCGAACUGAGUUCAACAUGAAUAAACAUAAAGACCAACAGAGCUUAUUAAAGGCAGUCGGCAAGAUUCCAACCAGAAGCGGUAUGACACAUAUGGGAGAAGCUCUGAAACGUCUUCGAGAAACUAGCAUGUCUAAGGCGGCUGGAAUGAGAUCAAAUGUAAGCCACAUAGCGAUUAUGAUCACUGAUGGUAGACCCAAUGGUAGACUGAAUGUGGUCCAAGAAGCGAAAAAAGUAAAGGAUUCUGGUACAAAACUGUUCACCAUUGGUAUUGGACCCAGUGUUGACUAUAACCAACUGAAUGUCAUUGCUAGUAAACCAACUAAACAGUUUGUCUUCAAAGCAGAUAACUUCGACUCACUCAAAUCUAUAGCCUCUAUGUUGUCACGCCAAUCAUGUAACGGUAAGCCAAAAGCCUUUAGACAUUAA